UUUCACAAGGGAGUGUCAACAGUUCUGAUAAGACACACCAGACUGAGAAUUCGGUCACCAUGUUUGUUCUAUUUCUUCUGCCAGUUGUUUCUCUGUCCUUUGCAGAUGCAGUUAACCAUUCUUGCAAGGACAUUUACCUAGGCAAUCCCAGUUCCCCAAAUGGUACAUACACCAUCUAUAACCGUAAAAUUCAGCCAUAUAAGGUAUACUGCGAGUUCCACUUCAAAUAUGGAUACACCUAUGUCUCCAAAAACACAUCAGUGGAAGUCAACAUUAACGAUCUCUUCACAACCAAUGCACAUGUCAAAGUGAGACACAUGAAGGCAAAUGGCGCCCAAGCGGAAGCAGUCAUGGAGAACAUUAAGAACUACCCGACCCAGCCCCUUGGGAUUUUCUACAAUCAGCACACUGGGUACGCUGCCUCGGUUAACGCCGCUAACCUGGCCCCAUACCUGUAUCUGGGUUUCCUACCGAUCAGCUUGGCCAAUCACGUCAACCCUCAGGGUUACCGGGCCAACGGCCAGGAUUUCAACUUCGUGAACUGCGAUAGAAACCCCAACAGUUAUUUUGUAUUCUACUUCAACCCAAAUCACAAACUUCCGAUAGGGUACGUCAACCGUUGUUGCGAGUCGACCCUGAUGCAUUCUUGGAUUACAGCGGCCCACACCCUUCCGACAGCGUACAACAUGCCUGACGAGUUUUAUUUCGACUAUGAAAUUCAUCUUGGCGGUUGUGGGGGAUAUGCUUUCAUUCAUCACCACAAUGACAUCAACGGAGCAGCUCUAGGCGUGCGCUUCGAACAAGCAGAUCCCUGUCAAAGUUCGCCGUGUCAGAACGGGGCCAGCUGUUAUUCUGAAGACGAAACUAAUUUCUUCUGCGAGUGUCCAGAUGGUUUUGUGGGAGAUACCUGCAAUGUCAAAGGAGACCAUAAUAACAUGGGAAUUAUUGGCUGAAUUUAGAAAAUCAGAAAAAAGUAUAUAUUUAUCAUGACACAAAUAUGCAAAUAAAAAUCCUAAUACUGAUA